UUUCGUCAGUCGUUGUGAGGACCCCGGACCGUAAGUGUCGUGAGUCGUGUUUUUCCGCGGAUCGCUUGAACUUGUUUGUUCCCUUUAUUUUUUUUCUUCCCUCUCGCACGUUAUCCGUCGGUGAACGUGUAUAACGCGAUGUCAAAGUGGCGCUUUUUGAAUCGCGGUCGUAUUCGCGCCGCGAUCGGUAGUGUCGUAGUUCGUAGUAAAACAGGAUCACUGUGACGUUAGUGUCGAAGAUUGAGAUCGUUGAAUCGCGACACGCUUAGACGCGUUUCUGUUGCGCAGAAACUCGGAUGAUUGACCGUUACGGAAAUUUAAACAGGUGUGCGCUGAAACAACUCCUGAUACCGAACGCAGACGAUUUCAAGACGAGAAAGUAAGGAAGCAGAUUCGGGGUCGAUGAACAGUGUGUGUAUCGCAGUGUCUUGUUUCGCGAUCGUGAAUCAAUCAUCGUUUGCAGCGAUCGUCCACGGUAAUCAUUCUGCAGUCCUGUUCGACAGAGCCGUGAUUAGAUGGUCCCUUUAUCCAAGCUGGCAAUACAAGCUCCGUGAAGGACCACUCAGAGAAAUGAGCGCAGCCGUUGAAAACGGCAUGGAGGCCUCGAAGCCACGGGGCGUUUUCUCGAGGGCAUUCGCUAAACGGGCGCAGCCCUUCGAGGAAGCCCUCACUACCUUAAAUCGUUUGAACAAAGAAGGAGAAGCACUUGCCCUUCAGGAUGACCUCACAACGCACCCCACCUUGGCUUUGAUGCGACGCAUCCUUGCAGAUGCACAGGCAAAAUUUCGCGUGAUGGUGGAGGAGAACGCAGCGACUGGCGCCCGGCUUGACGGGGAGCUGGAACGAGCUAGGGGCGAAUGUGCGGUGCUACGCGGAGAGCUAAGGGAUGUUCGCGGUGCUUUGCCGGUGGUGUUAAACAAUAAUAACGCGAGUAACAUAGCGGCUGCCGGGAACAGCAACAACAACGCCAACGCGGCCAGUCCUGGACAAGAGAACGAGCUUCAGCAACAGCCGGAAGAUGGUAAGAGACUCAGCGCAGGAAGCAGCCCGGUCGACAAGAGGAGCUCCGCUAGCGAUAAAUCGGCUAGUCCUAUCGAGAAAAGAACUAGCCCCGUCGACAGGAAGGACAGAACCAGCCCUAUCGAUCGACGUGCCAGCCCCAUAGAAAAGCGGAAUGGUUCCCCGAGUCGCAGUCCAAGCGAGAAAGCCCGUCGACCUUACGCUCCAGCGUUGGAGAAGACACGGCUGGGUGGUUCCGGCGGAAGCGUGGAUUCUCGAUCCGGGAGCGCGAGUCCGGAUCGAGGAUCCAGCAACCGAGGCUUCUUCCACCGCGGCGGCACCGAUCGAUCCAGCGUCGAGCGAUUACGGAUAUCGACGAACCGCGAUUCCCUUCGAUCCAGCAAAGAAAUGAACGAUCACGAGAAGGACAGCGACAAGGAUCUCGUGGACGGCGAGGUACGACCCGAAGAGGACAAUGAACCACCUGGACCAGCCCCGGGCAGCAGACCCUCCUCGCCGGCUAAUUCUCUGGGAAUCGGUGAUCCGCUGGUAGCAUCGAGGUUAUCAAACAUUCAUGGCGGAGGCGGUAGCACAGGAUCCGUGGAGUUGGCCAGCACAAGAAGGCUACGACUCGAGAACGAACGUCUAGUAGCCGAAGUAGCGAGAUUGAGAAGAUUGUUAUUCACCGGAGCGGGACGAGGAGAGGUUGGCUCGGAGGAUGCCGCCCUCGAAGAGGAGGCACGAUUUGUUGCUCUCGAAAUGGAACUGCAACACGCCAAAGAAGCUCUCCAAGCACUAAAGGCCGAUCGUAAGAGGCUGAAGGCUGAAAAGUUCGAUCUUCUUAAUCAGAUGAAGGCACUUUACGGCACCCUCGAGGACAAAGAACGGGAACUGCGAGACUUUAUCAGAAACUACGAACAGCGGAUGCGGGAGAACGAGGCGACCUUAGGACGCCUUCAGCAGCAAGGAGUCGGCAUACCUUCGGAGGAACGGGAACGGGAAAGGGAAAGGGAACGUUGGAGUCUUUUAAGGGCGGCAAGGGACGAAGCCGAUCGAAGUCUCAGCCUAGCGGCUAGUUUGGCUGACAAAGAAGCCGCCCUUUCGCACGCACACGCGACCAUAAAAGAGUUGCAGCGUCAAUUGGCGGAAAGAGGAGGAGGCGGAAUCUGCUUGAGCGACCAGGAAUCCUUGGUCUCGUUCCCGAGGGGUAGCGUGAAUGGGGCAGCAACGCCGGGCGCCGGAAGCAGCAGCGGGGGCGGUGGUUGCGGUAUCAUCCCUCAUAUGAAUUCUCAGCCGCCGUUGGGAAGCACCGAGCUGGGAGUGAGUGUCGGGAACGUGGGGAACGCGGCCGGCGCCGGAUCCUCCGGUGGACAGGCUGGUGAUCGAGGAAGUUGCAGCGCUGACAGUGGAGUACGGGGGUCCAGCGAUCGGGAGAGCGGAGGGGCGACCAGCGUCGGUGGAAACCUUUCCGAUUCGACCACGGACGGCACACCGACAAUUACGGUCGAGGGAAGCGGUCUCGACAUGGACAGCAUCUCCGUGGUAUCCUCCAUUGCACCAUCCCACAUGUACCAGUCAGCGACUACACCGAAGGACUGCAGUCCCACGCUGUCGCCUCUGAACGCGUUCUCCAGGUCCAUGGACAACUCGUCGUUGUCAAGAUCUGUGGAACAGUUAUCGAGUCCUUUGGAGUCUGAACCUAGGAGGAACAAACAGAGCACGCCUAUCGCUGCGCCUGCUGCGCAUUCGAGAUCGUCCGCCACUCGUGGAGGCACGUGGGGAUCCAUUUCUAGAGUGUUCGCUCGUUCGCGACAUCGAAAAGCAGCCAAUAACUCGAGUGGAGGAAGCGGAAGUAACGAGGGCUCGGACGGAUUUGAUCCCUAUCGAUCAUGGUCGCCCCUUACGGAGGAAGGCUAUGCCGAGAAGCUUCGUUUGCUCAGAGAAGCUGCAUCCGUGCCUAUGGAGCGGUGGAGGGCACCCACUGUCCUCGCUUGGUUAGAAGUAGCCCUUGGAAUGCCACAGUAUGGACCGCGGUGCGCUGAAAAUGUUAAGUCUGGAAAAGUCUUGCUGGAGCUGAGCGACGCAGAAUUGGAAGCGGGACUAGGAGUAACGCACCCUCUCCACAGGAAAAAGUUGCGUUUAGCCAUCGAGGAACAUCGGCACCCAAGUCUCGUUCGUUAUCCGUGCAUCGCACAACUGGGUCACACCUGGGUCAGCUCCGAAUGGCUACCCGACCUUGGUCUCGCUCAGUAUUCCGAAAGUUUCGCUACCAAUAUGGUGGACGCACGGAUGCUCGAUCAUCUCAGCAAAAAAGAACUGGAGAAGUUACUCGGUGUGACCAGAAAGUUUCAUCAGGCCAGCAUCGUGCACGGCAUUCAUCUGUUGCGGAUGCUCAACUAUGAUCGUCAGGCACUUGCUGUGAGGAGACAUCAGUGUGAGCAGGUUGACACGGAUCCGUUGGUUUGGACGAAUCAGAGGUUCAUUCGGUGGGCUAGGAAUAUUGAUCUAACUGAAUACGCAGAGAAUUUGAAAGAUUCAGGCGUGCAUGGUGCUCUCGUCGUGCUAGAACCAUCAUUCACCGGCGACACGAUGGCCACUGCCCUGGGUAUACCACCAGCAAAGCACAUGAUCAGACGACACCUGACCGCCGAAUUGGAAGCCCUCGUCGUUCCAGCAAGAAGUCAGCUGGAGGUGGUCCCGAGGAACAGCACAGCCGGGGGUCGUCCGAUGAGCACCGUGAGCGCAGGCGGUAGCCUCGGUCGUGGCAGCAGGGCCCUUCAUCUUCAGCAUCAUCAGAGCUCCCUGUCGGCCCUUCAUAUGACCGCCAAUCACUCGGGAACUGUCGAUAGACGGAGAUCCAGCCUCAGGGGAUCGUUGAGUCGGGCGUUCGGUCUCCGACCCAGAAGCGAGAAGGCGUCGCCGUCGUCCUCGUCGGACACCGGAAGUUUGGCGAGCCAGUACAUGAGCAGCGCCCGAAGCAAUUCACCACCGCCGCCGCAAUUGCCACCGCGACCCAUCACCGGUAACAAGAGGCACCGCAGAGUGAAGAGCAUAGGCGAUAUCGACUACAUAACCAGCGCAGCAGUUAGCACGCCCGUCUGACAGGAGGGUAGGCCCCAACAUCCGGGGCCUUAUCGAAGCUUGAGCGAACGAGGAUACCCCUCCUCGUACUCUCCUUCGCAGUACAGCUCGUACUCGGGCUACAGCAACGUUCUGACCGAUCAGUACCAGUAUCAGACCGGCAACUAUUAUCAGCUUAAGGGUGGUUAUUACUCGCCGCAAAGUACGGGACCACCCUUCCCAGGGGUGCAGAGAUACGGCAGCCUGGCCGAGGAGGCGUGGUCCUGCACCACCAAGGACGACUCUGGCAACCCCAAGUCGAAUCCUAGGACUUACCUAGCUUAGCUCGACAGAGACGGUGAUCACGCGUUAAUCGACCGUGAUACGUUUAGAGGUUGAUAGAUUGCAGGAUUCGGUCGAAACGGUGCGGCUAAUAUUGUAAUGAAUUUGUCAGAUUAUAAUGUAACCCUUUCACCGCAUCUUUGCUUUGAAAUUGUACUAUUUUUUGAUACAUCGUGUCUGCGAAUUAACUCGAUGACAGGUUUAUAAAUAUUGGUAUGUUAUGUAAUAUGUUAGAUCUUGGAGAAUGUUCAGACUUGUGCAAUUUAGGAUUAUCUUAGUUGAAGGGAAAACAGCUUACUUCUCUUUCUUUAUACUCAAUUAUAUUCUUAAAUAUGGAUCAUUUUGAAAGUGGUGUCCUUUUUCACUUUGAGAAAAUUAAGGGUUAUAUGUA